CUCAUUUCCAAACCAAACGGGAGUAAUAAGGUUUAUACCUUGACUAUCCAGUCGGCCGCGUAUUUUAUAAAAUGUAAAAUGCCAAACGGAUGCCAGAAAUGUUGGGAAGAAUUCAAAGGAUGGCUAAAGGCCUUUACGCCCGUAGAAACCUUUUUGACUAUACUAGAAGCUUUACUGUUAGUGAUACUCAUAGUGUUUAUAAUAUUUUUAAUUCUUCAUUUUCUUUCGUGUCGCGGGGAACUUGAGAGUCAGGCUUCAACCUCGACCGCGGCCACGGCCUUUCAUAUAUCAACGGUGACUCCUAGGUAUUCGACAAGGAGACUGACUGCGAUUAGUAGGGACACUACUGGGAGGAAAACUCGGCCAACCUGCACUUAUACUAAGGAGCAAAACAGUACACUAGCUACGCCGUCUACGAACGAAAUUACCGCCAGUUCAAGUCCAUACACAACCGACGUACCAACCUACGAGACGCCGACCCACCCCGACCAGAUCGUCCCGAUCCAGUCGGACGGCGAGCUCGCCGUCGAGGACGAGAGACGUCACGUGAUGGCCUUAGUGAAGAUCAAGCCGAGCGGUGUGACGUUCGGGUGCAUCCUGACGGUGGUGGCGGAGCGGUGGGUGGUCACCGCUGCUAGCUGCUUGGAUUCUAUUGAAGAGGUCGACUCGCUGGAUAACUUCGUCAUAAUGGACAACUACGAUGCCUUAAACAAGGGUCUAUCUCACGCCGUGUCCGACGUGCGCGUACAUCCUCUCUACGAAGGCGGCAACAAGUCGUACGAUCUGGCGCUGCUGCAGAGCGAGGACGGGCUGGGUAGACCACCGGUCAAGAUGGCGUCGCUUUUGGAUUACUUCAAGCUGCCUAUGGGGGAGGCGGUGAAUAUAUUGGGCUUUGGGAGGUUUAGAACAAUAGACCAGAGCGUACCACAGCAAGUCCACUUCGCCGUCGUCCACAUCCUCCCCUCCACGCACUGCCUCCCCCCGGACUCCCUGGAGCGCCACCUGAUCCCCCUGGAGCCCGUAGCCCACGGGCGCUGUGGGCUGGCGCCGCUGUGUAUCGGCGUGCUGCACGCGCGCGGCUCGCCGUGCAACUACUGCGCGGGCGCGCCGCUGCUGCGCGCGGGCACGCUGCUCGGCAUCAUGGCCGACAACGAGCAGUGCGGUGCGGCGUGCGAGCCGGCGCUCUACGCCAACGUGGCCGCGCAGCAACAAUGGAUCCACACUAGUGCUAGUUAGCUGUUUAUGUAUCUAAGUUAGAUACGAUAUCAAUAAAACACAUUUCAAUUAC